AUGGCUUCCAAUAUUCAGGAACCUCCGGCUAAGGGCCCAAACAAACCAAACCAGUUUCUGACCCCAAGGGGUGAGAAGCGUAAUGCUGAUGGAACAAUCAAAGAUCAGAUUGGCCAGGUGCCUCGCUUGGAUCUAGCUACCGAGAACACUCCCUUACCAUCAAAUGUCCAUGUACCUCCUUCUGAAGGCCAAGACAGAGACAUGAGUGAGUUCUCAGGGGGCUAUGACACUGAGGGAGAAUUUGGUGCAGAUGAGAGGGAAGAUGACGGAGAGGAUGAUGAGGAAGACGAAUCUGACCGUGAAGAUGAAGAGAAAGAACAAGAAACCGAAGGUAAAAAGAAUGGAAAAAGACCAGACCGAGAUUUUGGUCCCGGCAAUGGCAAUGGCAACGGUACUGGUAAUGGAAAUGGUGGAGAUACUGGCGAUGAUGGUUACGAGGGCGACACCGAUGACAGUGGAGCAUCUACUGACUGCAACUUUGGUGAUGAUGACUCUGAUGGAGGUCCAGUCUUUGAACCAAAUCAUGAUGGAGAAGUUCCCAAUUUAGACAGUGUUGAUCCUAGGACUUUUGGUGAGAUUGUUUUUGAUACCAUUGAAAGUCAUAUGCAAACCCGAAUUUGGAUCCCAGAUGAGGAGUCCAUUGCAAUGAUUGAGAAUGAGACUGAAGGUCACAGUCUCUUUCAGAACAACGCCUUUCAGAUUCCAGGAGAAGGCAGUAGUUCGGCUGAAAGCGUGCACUACUAUGACCUUGACGAUCUCUAUUAUGCGGAAUCAGUCGAGGAAACCAGUGGAGAGAGCGAUGAAGACAAUGAAGACUAUGAGUCUGACAUUGAACUUGAAGCCCAAGUAAAUGAAACCAGAAACGAGGAUUACGAAGAAUUAGCAACCUCUGCUUCUGCUUCUGCUUCUGCUAAUGAUACCCAAUCCCAUGAUGACACUGAAGAUGAGGAUGAGAUAGAAUAUGACGAUGAUACCACAUACCCAUACCCCAUUGCCACCGAGGACAUGAAUAUCUGGUACACUGAUCCAAUUCUUGCAAAUGUCAUUGGUCAUGAAGCUUUCAACAGACUCUUCCCCGGUCGCAAUGCUAUCAACACUCCGCAGACUACAACCGGGAAUACUCGGCCUUCUACCAUCAAUAGAGCAAGAAUCUGGGAAGAUGAACCGGAGCCAGAGGAUUUACCAGAGGAUAUACCAGAACAUUCAAUCUCUCCUAUCAUCAUUGACAACCUCGACACCCCCAGUACUAGCCCAGUACCUGAGGAGGAAAACAAGGAGAAUAAAUACCCUGAAAACGAUACCCUCGGCAUGGAGAGCGAGGUUGAAAAUGGUAUUUUGGAAGAAGCUGCUCCCGGGCCAUCUUCUUCUAACAAUCCCCAGCCAUGGGUCAACCGCUAUAGCCCAGUACGAAACCAAGAACGUCAGCCAAUGUUCUUAGGUGCUGCUCUCCGCCCUGUUCCGUCUCUUGCUGGGCGAGUCCCAGUGCAGAAUGUCAACCCAAACGGCCCAAGAACCCGAGUCCAUGAAUGGUUCGGAGGAGUGGGCGCAAACAUACGAGAUGUGCCAGAAUAA